AUGGAUUCCAGAGACGGGAGUGGAAGUGAUAACCCAGAAGUGGUAUCAUUGUACAUUGGCCUCGGCCCAGCCGCCUCUACAAUCAGCAAAGAACAGCUUUGGGAGCGCUUGGAGCAGGUGGCCCCCGUGUCUGAUGUUCGCAUUCGUGGCCGUUGCGCUUUUGUUGAUGUGGCGGGCCCGGAAGCUGCAGAUAGGCUAAUCACUGAAAUGGAUGGCAAAUAUAUCGGUGAAGCGCGAAUGGUAGUUCAACAUAGUCGUGGGAGUAAUCGCGAAGGGGAACGCGAUCGUGAUCGUGAACGGGGACGUGAAAGGGAGCGAGGCCGACACAGGGAACGUGGGCGUGGUGUUCCUUUUGAUGGAAGAGGUGCCGACUACGGGGGCUACAACAACAGCGCGGGAGGCCGCACGGCUCUUUUCGUUGGUUUAGGUCCGAGCGGACGGUCAAUCUCGGAUAGGGAACUGCGCAGUAAACUCGAGGAGGCCGCCCCAAUUAUUGGCUUCCGUCGCCGUGGGGAAUGUGCCUUCGUCGAUGUUCCGAGUCCCGCACAUGCUCGGCGAAUGAUUGAAAUGAUGCACAAUCAGUACAUGCAAGAUUGCCGUCUUUCCGUGCAGCAAAGCCGGGAAGGAAAGCGGGGCCGCCUUGAUGAUGAUCGGGUCGAUCGCCCCCGCCGCCGUAGCGGUAGCCGUGGCAGACGACGUCGUAGUCGCAACCGCAACCGUAACCGCAGCAGAAGCCGCAGUCGUAGCCGUAGCCGUAGCCGUAGCCGUAGCCAUCGUAGUAACAGUCGGGGUCGUCGCCGCACUCGCAACCGCAGCCGGAGUGGCAGUCCCGUCAGCAGCCGGUCAUCGUACAGCCGCCGAAGCAGUGAAGCCUCAGCGGGGAGUCGCGGUUAUAAAAAGCGGGACCGCAGACGUCGGGAGCGCAGUCGAAGCGCAAGCAGCGGCUCCAGGUCUGGCAGUGAAAAUUACCGCAAACGCCGAGAUUAG